AUGCAUGAGGAAAUCGAUGAACUAGUUUCGUGGUUACAACAAUCAAAGGAUUUUUAUCUUAAUGAAAAAGUAGCCGUUAGGAAUAUAGAGAAGGCAGGUAAAGGUAUUGUUUUAUUAGAUGGGAAAAUUAGAAGAAAUGAAAUCGUGAUAUCAGUACCCAGUACCCACCAGAUAAAUUUUAAUUCUGUAUUAUACCACAUAUCAAUGUUCAACAGGAAUAUAGACGUUCCUUCUGUAAUUUAUAGCGAUGAUGAACAAAAUGAAACAUUAUAUACAGAUGAUGAUCCUCGAGUAAAAGCAUAUGAUAUUUUCACAACUGAAUCUUUAUUAGAAUUGAGCUCAUUCCAGUUAUUAUCUUUAUAUAUUAUAGCAGAAUGGAAACUUUUACCAAAAUGGAGCAAUGAUACCAUCGAUUCGUAUUGGACACCAUUUUUUAAUGUGUGGCCAAAAAUAAACGAUCUAAAAUCUAUACCUGCAAUAUGGCAAAAUUCAAACCUCUCGAAAUAUAAAACACUUUUGUCAUACUUGACUAGUGAUUCGGAAAAUCAUUGUAAGAGGCUUACCAGCCUUAUAUCCCAUGAUUGGAUAAUUAUGAAACCAAUUAUUGAACAAUGGUUAAGAUUAUUUGAUAUACAAUAUAAUAUAGAUGAAAUUUAUGAAGAUUAUUUACAUAUCUAUUUUAUCAUCAACUCUCGUUGCCUUUACGCCGAAAUACAGUUGAAGAAGGACGAUGUAGCAAGCAAACUCACAUUGGUACCAUAUGUUGAUUUUAUCAACCAUUCAACCGAAAUAGAUAGUUUCUGUUAUCCUAAAAUAGAGUAUACACAUGCAAACAUAACUGGUGCUGGACAGUUUGUUAUAAGAGGUGGACCAUACACUUAUGAAACGCCUAAUGAACAAAUACUUUUCAACUAUGGACCUCAUUCUAAUGAUUUUCUGUUGAAUGAAUAUGGGUUCACAUUACCAGAAAAUAAUUGGAAUUACCUUGAUGUAUCUUUUAUUCUUAAAGAUUUCAUUAGUACGGAUACCGAUGUGACAGAUUAUUUGAAAACUAAUGAUUACUGGGGUGAAUACACAAUUAAUCUUGAUGGGUUUAAUUAUAGGGCUAUUGUCGCAUUAAGUUUAUUUAUAACCAAAGAUUAUAAGAGAGUUGGUAAACUCAUCUUAGGUUAUAUAUCGGAAGAUUAUUUCUUAAAUAAAAUCAAGGAUAUUACAUUAGAUAUAUUGAAUAAUCUACUCAUGGAAUUUCAGCAAAAGAUGGAUUCUCUGAUUAUGCUGGACAUAUAUGUCGAGACUGAUCCUUGCUUCUAUAAUCUGUUAAAUAUAUAUAAGGGCUAUGUUGAUUUGUUGACUUGCAUAAAGAAUAAAUAA